AUGUUUGGUGUUCUUACGCGUCUUGACCGUGGAAACUUUAUGCAAAACCAUCGAUUCGCGCAGCCGCGGUGGCUCCAUUCAGGAACUGCAGAGCUUUUCAGUGCAAUGAAUGAUCUCCAGCGACUCAGGCUCCAAUCACAAAGGCAGAGGCUGCCAUGCUGCUACGUGGGAGAGGAUUCCGGGUCUUUCGACCGCCAGUCAUUUCUUGCAGACUUGGACCUCUUUCCCAUCGGCCAGGAAGCAAUUUUUGAGCUUCAGCGGCAUGGCUUCACUCAGACAAGAAAAUGGCUGCCAAAGGGGAUGUUUCACGAGCGCUUCCCAGAAGGCGCGCAAGUAAACCGCUAUGAGUCUACGGUGGCUUAUGUCUAUACCCAGGGCUCUGCGUUCGCCUUCAACGCGAACAAGUUGUGCUUUGAGAAGAAGUGGAGAGAAUUGUUUGAGCAGUAUGGCAAUAUCAUGCGGUGCUUGUGGAUGUAUGUUGAGAAGAUGCAAGCCCGAUAUGGAAGGUCGCAAACGCAAAACCGUGGCAUGCAGGGGGUGUGGGACGUCUUUCGGCGUGCAUAUCAGGUCGGAAGCCGCUUCGAAUGGCGAUCAUUCACAAGCACUUCGAUCGACAAGGAUGCUGCCUUGGACUUCGCCAGUGGCAAGUACAGCGGAGGCAAUGAGCUUCCAAAGCGGCCAGUCCUCUUUGUCAUUCGCACAAAUUCACGCGGCGCUCCUCUGUUCUCUUGGUCGAACUACCCUGACGAGGAUGAGGUUUUGCUAUUGCCUUUCCAGCGGUUUGUUGUGGAAGGCAUGUCCGUGCAGGGUGGAACCCUGACCAUAGAACUCCAAACAAUUGUGCCUCAUGCACAGUGGAUGGCUUAUCAGGUGAUGUGUCAACCUGGCCUGGCAUACCGCUUCUCUCGCAACAUAUACGACAGAGACGAUCAACCGGCUGGACCAUGCUGUGGAGAUGUCUUCGCCGGCCGCAGGGAGGGUCGAAAUUGGGUUGUGACAACCAUCCCAGGGCUGGGGGACAGGUUUUUGCCAUCUCCAUCAGUGGCCAGGUCAAGCUCAGAGAGUGCGAGGUAG